AUGGCCGACCAGGAGUAUAAGGCGUUCAGAGAUUAUGUUAUUACCACAUUGGUGGCGCAGAUGUUGGCGACCGAGGAGAGCAGUGCAAUUGUACAAAAGAAGUUGCCGCCUAAGGAACUAGGUAUUAGAGAAGCAAAGCCGACCACCAUCUCUCUACAGUUGGCAACCGAGGAGAGCAGUGCAAUUGUACAAAAGAAGUUGCCACCUAAGGAACUAGGUUUUGGAGAAGUAAAGCCGACCACUAUCUCUCUACAGUUGGUGGACAAAUCCAUUAAAUACCCAAGAGGACUCAUUGAGGAUGUACUGGUGAAAGUUGAUAAGUUCAUCUUCCCGACCGACUUCAUUGUACUUGAUAUGGAGGAGAACAAGGAGAUCCAUUUGAUAUUGGGCUGA